AUGUCGGUGUUAACUGAGUCGACAAUGAAUGCGGGCUGGACACCUUUGAUGUGGGCGGCCUGUAACGGGCAUGAUGACCAUGUGAAGUUGCUCUUGGCGGAAUCUCGCGUCGACAUCAACGCUCGCGAUCACCAUGGGAUUACAGCACUGAGAGAGAAAUUUGAUGGGAAAUGUCAACGCCAAGAGCAGAGUACGAGUGGCUGCCAUACAAAGUUUCGCUGGACUGUCAGCAUCCACUGGGGUUCGACGGAUGCCUCCGUAUUUGAGGAUUAUCGACUAUACGACAACUAA